UGUUUGACAGAAAUGACAAAUAGACAAGAUGAAUCAAAUCAACCUACGUAAAUGAUAAACCUUAUAAAGCUUAGCUUUUACAGAUAUAUUUGUCACUGCCAGACACAAUGUCAAAAGCUUGGGCGGGAUGUAAGCUGAAAAGCAAGGAGUUUUAUAGCUCUGAACAGCAUCUGAACACUGGCAAAAAUCCAACCAAAGACAUAUUGCUUUACACACAAAUGAGACAGUAUGGUAACCAAAAGAAAAACCCACAAAGUAUUGUGAAUGAGUACAUUGCUAGAGCUGUUCCAACCCUAUUGGUGGAAAAAGAGUUUGACAUGGGAAACAUAAAUAAGGUCUUCUCCUCACACUGGCUCAAUGACAGACAGGUUGCCUUCGGUACAAAAUGCAAUAAAUUGAUGAUAUUAGAUUCUCUGACAGGAAAACUUUUUCAAAUUCCGUCCAUAAAAAGUAGUGAUGACAGUUAUCCAGCAGAAAGUCCUUGUGGAAUACACAGUAUAGCCCUAAAUCCCUCAGGGACCUUAUUCGCCACAGGGGCCGAGAACACAAAUGAUCUGGCAAUUUACCAACUACCAACCUUUGACCCUGUGAUGGUGGGAGAGAGAGGGCACACAGAUUGGAUAUUCGAUAUUUCAUGGAUAGAUGACGAAUUUCUGGUGACCGGUUCUCGAGACAGUCGACUGUGUCUGUGGCGAGUAGACAACAAGGAGGAUAUAGAUCAAACCUCGCGUUUACAAAGUCUACAGGUACCGGAAUACGCCAUUAAGGGUCCAGAAGCUGUGGAAUAUUGUGACAAGGCUAACAAAGUCCGUGCUUUAUGCUACAACGAUAACAGAAAGGAACUAGCUGUUCUCUCCCUAAAUGCUUACUUUUAUCUCUGGGAUGUCGAAACUUUUACUGCUAAAACAUAUAGACGCCUUUUUCACACCAAGGAGAAUGUGUGUAUGUGUGUGUCCAAGGAGAGGACGCUGUAUGCAGUGGGGUCACAGUCUCAUAUUAACCUAGUAGACCCACGCUGUCCUAACACCCUCACGACUAUAAUCUCUCGCUAUCGGGGUGGAGGUGUACGAUCCGUUAGUUUUCGAGACGAUGUGCUAACAAUAGGAACUGGUGUGGGUAAUAUUCUGUUUUUUGACACAAAAGCAGGGAAAUACUUGGAGUGUGGGUGUGGACAUCCAUUUACUAUGACUGUUGGAAAUGGAUUUUUAUCAAGAGAUGAAAACUACAGGGAAUUUUUCAUGGACAAUAGUUAUCCCAAUGCCAUCUAUACACAUCAGUUUGACAGUACAGGGACUCGAUUGUUUGCGGCUGGCGGACCUCUACCUGCAGGACUAUGGGGAAACUAUGCUGGCCUCUGGCAUUGAUAUUCCUCCACAUAGGACUAGCAAAUAAAUUGUGAUAGAAACAUUCAAAACAUAUUUACAUUAGAUAUAAUAUCAAAGGCAAUUCGUUUAGAGGAUUUUAAAUAUCUUUUCAACUUUAUCAGACAUGCUGGAUUUAAUAGAGUCUGGUGUAUGUAGGUAUGUGAGAUAUAUAUAGGAUACUGGAAGAUAUUUACCAGUAAUAGUUCCACUGAAUACACUACCUAUAUAUGUAUGGCAGAAUACCAAUAUGUAUUCACAAAUGCAAAUCAUGAGUGAAGAUAUUGGUAUAUUCUGCAGCCAUAUGAGUGAUAUUUAAUGGGAAAUCAGUAAAUAUUUUGUUACUUUCAACGACAAAACUAUUACAGCAUGAAAAGUGUGAGAAUUAAUAGUGUAAUAUUUGACGUCAUAUUGUAAUGAUGUGACGCUUGGCAACAGGGCUGCACAUUGUUCUGAAUAGUUUACUUGAUGUAAUUUUAUAGUUUUCAGCUAUAAUGUGAAACUUUCUUGCAAGAAUUUUUUUCAAUUGUACAGCUGCAUAUAUACUGCGGUUUAUAUAGCAAUGGUGUACCAAAACAACCGUUUGUUUUAGUAUUGUUUUAUUCGCAUCUGAAACAGAAAUGAAUGCAGUGAAUAGAAAGAAUCAUUCUGAUUGGUCAAUACUAAAAAUGAUGUCUUUCCUUGUGAAGAUAUAACAUUCUGUUUAUAUGAUCUGCAGUAAAGUUUUUCGUCAAAAUGAUAAUUUCUGAUAUUUCUCAGACAAAGCCUCCUCGUGUUUGGCAACUUAAGAAUUUAUCCCCUAAGGUUAAGAUUCCAUUAUCUCGCCCCAAAGGGGAUGAGAGAUUCUAUUAGUCGCAGUAUACAAGAACCCCAAAUCAUUAUUAUAAUUAUUUAAAACAGUUGCAUGAUGUCACGUCAACAAAGCAUUGGACCUAAUUGAGUUUGAUGUUGGUAAAGUGAUAAUCAGAUUGUCGAUGGUUAAAUUCUCACUGCUGUCUUCACACCUGGAUGGCAAGGUGAAGAUCUAUGGUUUAAUUCUCACUGCUGUCUUCACACCUGGCCAGCAAGGUGAAGAUGAACAUCUAGGUAAACUUCAUUUUUGUAAAUCAUGCCACAAUGGUGGCCACCAUUAUGGAAAUAUUAUUGUCAGCCUUUCUUUAAAGAAUAUGUCGCUCAACUUUUGUCAGAUAACAAUGUUUUAUAGCUAGAUUUUCAGGACAUAAGCUCAAAUAAUCUGUCUGAGAAACAGAUUAGUUCCUUCAUAUGCUGCCAGUAGUUAUGUUUUAUAAUUAGUAUACGAUGUCUAAAUUUGUGUCUGAAUGCUGUUGGGGUUGUUUGUCAGAGAGAGAGAGAGAGAGAGAGAGAGAGAGAUUAAAGAAACAAAGUGCAUGAAUUACCACUGUUUUCCAGUAUGUGGACCCCACCUUUAGUGGCUUUAGGACAGUGGUGAUUAAUACAUGUUAUUGGGUGGUGUUAGACUGAUAUCAGAGUAUAUAAACUGGUCGAGUGAGCUUUGUAUCAGGUGAAAUAAUUGUCAUAUUCAUUUAAACAUAUUGUUUUAGCGAAUAACUGUGUAUGUGUUCUCAAAAAUUUCUGAUUUGUAAUUUUUUCUUUUGAAAAAUUUCAUGUUUGGAAUUCCAGGAAUGAAUUACGAGGUGAUCAAUAUCAUUCUUUUGAAUAUUUGCUUAUGUAUUGGAUAAUUUGAACAUGCAGGGCUUAUUUGUUCAAUGCUUAUCAAAUGGUUGGACCAGUUAGAUCCGAGUCUGUUCAUGAAAUAUGGACAGCCCUCAAGUGGCCAGAUGUUGCUUUCUGGCAAGCUUUUUAAAAAGAUGUUCAAGGCUUAAUUAAUAUUUGCAAGUCUGUCAGGUUGACAAAACUGUCAAUCUUGUAAACGGAAAUGAGGUCUCAAAAUCACUAAGUGUCACCGCAGGUCUAGGUGUUCAGUGUUUCCCAUGACAAUUACACUUAAUAUUCUCUAAUAGUAAAUUCUAGUUAGUAUCUCUGAUUUUCUAUCAUUUUCAAUGAAACUGCUGGUUAACAAAAGCAGUUUUUAAUAGAGAUGAGGUUUCAAUAUGACACUGAUCUACGUAGAACUUUGUUGUGUGUGUGUUUGGGGAGCUGGGAGGGGGGGAAUCUAUGAACAAUCAAUUUCAUUAUAUAUAUACAUUCUACACAUACAUAAUUAAUUUCUAUGCCAUUGAAAGAUGAAUUCUUCAAGUGAUUAAUACAUGUGUAAUUAACUUUAUACAAUUUUAUGGUAUGCUUGCUUCAUUUUCAUAAAGACGCACACCUGUAAAUAUAUAGAAUUUUAUUUGUAUAACUCCAUCAUGCAGGAACAUAUAAUCUGAAAGUUUGGUAUGCGUGUUUUGUUUUUCUUGUUUUUGCCCAGUUCAGUGCUCCAAAUUUGUUUUUAAAAGUAUUUGUUGUCUUUCUUUUUAAGGCUUCUUUUAAAAGCUAUUCCAGUUUCCCAGCUUGAACAUGGAAUAUAAUUAAAUAUUGGCGUGGGGAGUGAGGCACAUUUAUAUUUUCCCCCUUCCCCAUAGUAUAUAUAUUCUUGUAUCAAUGACACCAUUGGUAUAUAUUGUAAUAGUGUACCUCCCUUCCAAUCUAAUUAAAAUCAGAUCCAAAUUCCCAUUCCUCCACGAUACUCUUACAUAGUAUCGUAGAGGUACGAUACUCUUACAAAAUAUCUUACAUAGUAUCGUAGAGGUACGAUACUCUUACAAAGUAUCGUAGAGGUACGAUACUCUUACAAAGUAUCUUACAUAGUAUCAUGGAGGUACAAUACUCUUACAUAGUAUCGUAGAGGUACGAUACUCUUACAAAAUAUCUUACAUAGUAUCGUAGAGGUACGAUACUCUUACAUAGUAUCAUAGAGGUACGAUACUCCUACAUAGUAUCGUAGAGGUACGAUACUCUUACAAAGUAUCGUAGAGGUACGAUACUCUUACAAAGUAUCUUACAUAGUAUCGUAGAGGUACAAUACUCUUACAUAGUAUUAUAGAGGUACAAUACUCUCACAUAGUAUCAGAGAGGUACGAUACUAUUACAUAGUAUCUUACAUAGUAUCGUAGAGGUACAAUACUCUUACAUAGUAUUAUAGAGGUACAAUACUCCUACAUAGUAUCGUAGAGGUUCGAUACUCUUACAUAGUAUCUUAGAGGUACGAUACUCUUACAAAGUAUCGUAGAGGUACGAUACUCUUACAUAGUAUUGUAGAGGAACAGGAAUUCGGAUCUGAUUUUAAUUUGAUUGCCUCCCUUCCUUCUGCAUACUUCUGUAAUAGCUAAUUGCACAUCAGUCAUAUUCAUGAUAAACUUAAUAAUUUCGAUUAAUUAUUUGUUAUUUUAUUUUUUUAAAAACCCUGAAAUUGUAAUGAAAGAAAGAAUGAUAUAAUAUAUAGAUGGCCAGAACGAGAUUCAAACCUGGGACCCUCUGAACCCUUGAUGAAUUUCUAUAUUAU